CCUAUAUGCACUUAUUUAUAUCCAUUUGAGUGGGGGACAUGGAAACGAUCCAUAUAAGAUUCAGAGAUAUCUUUCCCACUUCACAAACUUACACAAAGAUGAACUUCCUUCGUGCCAUGUUCACCUUCAUAGCAGCUGCCCUGCUACCUCCCUUCCUUGCUCUCUCAGCUCUAUUAUUGAGAAUCUUCAUUGGCAAAUCCAUUAGAAGCCCAAAAUAUCCCCCGGUGGCCGGAACUGUAUUUCAUCAGCUUCUCUACUUCGGUUGGCUCUAUGAUUACCAAGCCAAAGUGGCCAAAACAUGUCCUACCUUCCGGCUUCUCGCCCCGGGUCAAAGCUUAAUAUACACCACUGACAUACGAAACAUCGAGCACAUACUCAAAACCAAGUUCGAGAAAUACUCCAAGGGUCAGUAUACCCAAGAUAUACUGAGAGACUUGUUCGGCCAAGGGAUAUUCGCGGUGGAUGGCGACAAGUGGAGGCACCAGAGGAAGCUUGCAAGCUUUGAGUUCUCUACUAGAGUAUUGAGAGAUUUCAGCUGUGCAGUUUUCAGAAGGAAUUCUGCCAAAUUGGUCAGAUUUAUUUCCGAGUUGUCAGCGGCCGACAAGGUUUUCGACAUACAAGAUUUGCUAAUGAGGUGCACCUUGGACUCGAUGUUUAAAGUAGGGUUUGGAGUGGACUUGAAUUGCCUGGAGAGAUCAAGCAAGGACGGGAGUGCUUUUAUCAAGGCCUUCGAUGACUCAAACGAAUUGGUAUCCUGGCGCUUUGUGGAUCCAUUUUGGAAGCUGAAAAAGUUUAUGAACACUGGCUCUGAAGCCUCCCUUAAGAAGAAUGUCAAAGUCAUCGAUGAUUUUGUUCAUUCCUUAAUCAGCACCAAGAAAACACUGCUAGAAGCGCAACACGCCAAUAAUGACAAGGAGGACAUACUGUCGAGGUUUCUGGUGGAGAGCGAGAAGGAUCCAGAGGGGAUGAACGAUCGAUAUCUGAGGGACAUAAUCCUCAAUUUCUUGCUUGCCGGUAAAGACAGCUCGGCAAACACCCUUUCCUGGUUCUUCUACAUGCUCUGCAAGAAUCCCCUGAUACAGGAGAAAACUGCACGAGAAGUGAAACAAGUUACUGGUAGUCAGUGCGAUCCAGCUAGCAUUGACGAUUUCAUCGAAAACAUAACGGAUGAAGUGCUUGAGAAAAUGCAUUAUCUGCACUCAGCAUUGACAGAGACUUUGAGGCUAUAUCCUGCAGUCCCAGUGGAUGGGAGAUGUGCUGAAGAGGAUGACAUUCUUCCAGAUGGGUACCAAUUGAAGAAGGGGGAUGAUGUCUACUACAUGUCCUAUGCAAUGGGCAGAAUGCCCUACAUUUGGGGAGACGAUGCUGAGGAUUUCAAACCUGAAAGAUGGCUCGACAAUAAUGGCAUUUUCCAACCUCAAUCCCCUUUCAAAUUCAUAGCAUUCCAUGCGGGCCCUAGAAUGUGUCUGGGGAAGGACUUUGCCUAUCGCCAAAUUAAGAUCAUGUCGAUGGCUCUUCUUCGAUUCUUCAGGUUCAAGCUAGCUGAUGAAACAAGGAAUGUGACUUAUAGAACCAUGCUUACUCUGCACAUCAGUGGAGGCCUCCAUCUCUGUGCAACCCCAAGGACAGGUCUCUCUUAGUCUUAACCCCAUGAAAAUGGAAUGUAAGAUUAUGUUAACUAUGUCUCAGAAAGACGAUACAGAUAGGCUGACAUGUUGGGCCGAAAUAAAUUCCCCAUCGUUAAAUUCAUAAACUGUAAACAAAUAACUAAUAAUACAAGUACAAACAAUUGCAAGACGUACGGGUGAUGGUUAGUAUUCAGAGUUUGAUAGGUAGUUGGAAAUUGUACCAACAUGUAAGGAUGAACAAUAGAUUAGAAGAUGGAGAUUGGCAGUGACUCCUUUGAUCUCUCGGUCCUACAAAGAUAAUGCAUGAGUAACCCAAAAAAAAGGGGUAAAUUAUCUUCAAA